GUUCUCUCACACACACACACACACACACUCCUGCAGAAGGUCUGAGUCGCAACUCACUUUCUUCUGGAUGUCAUCAUGGACUUUAAGAGCAAGCAGAAGAAGAAAGUUCUUCUGAUCUCGGUGGUGUUGGCCGUGUGUGUGGUGGUGAUCAUUCUGGGUUUGGGUUUGGGUCUUGGGCUCCAGCUGCAGGACUGCAGGAAUAAAGACGUGUCUGCGUCCUGCAGGAAUCGUUGUUACGAGCCGUUGGAUGUGGACUCUACGUCGUGUCGCUGUGAUAGUCAGUGUGUGGAGACUCACAGCUGCUGCUUUGAUUAUAAGGACAUCUGUCUGCUGCCCACUGAGAGCUGGGAGUGCACGACGCUGCGCUGUGGAGAGAGGCGUCUGUCUGACAGCAAGUGUCACUGUUCUGAUGACUGUAUGAGCGCUGGAGACUGCUGCACCAACUACAACAGCAUCUGUCAGGGACACACCGAGUGGGUUCAGGAUGAGUGUGUGGACAUGAGCACUGCCAAAUGCCCUGCCAGUUUUAAGAGGCAGCCGCUGCUGUUGGUUUCUCUGGACGGUUUGAGAGCCGAAUAUCUACAGUCAUGGCAUACGGUGGUUCCAGUGCUGGAGAAGAUCAAACGCUGUGGUACGUCAGCACCCUUCAUGCAGUCCGUGUUCCCCAGUAAGACGUUCCCUAACCACUACUCCAUUGCCACAGGUUUGUACGCUGAGUCACACGGGCUGGUGGAUAAUAACAUGUAUGACCCCGUGUUCAACGCCUCCUUCAGUCUGUCCAGCAGUGAGAAAAACAAUCCCAGAUGGUACCAGGGACAGCCGAUCUGGAACACGGCCAUGUAUCAGGGGCUGAAAGCGGGAACGUUCUUCUGGCCGGGAUCUGAUGUGGCCAUAAAUGGGAGUUUCCCAGAUAUCUACAUGAGUUACGAUGGGAAGGUCCCGUAUGAGGACAGGAUCUUCAGUGUUCUGCGCUGGCUGCAGUUACCAGAGGAAAAACGGCCAGAUUUCUUCACAAUCUACCUGGAGGAGCCUGAUAGUUCAGGACACGAUUACGGCCCCGUCAGCGGAGGGCUGAUCUUGUCUCUGCAGGCAGUGGACAGAAUCAUCGGUCAGCUGAUGAACGGCCUCAAACAACUCAACCUUCAUCAGUGUGUCAACGUCAUCAUUGUGGCUGAUCACGGUAUGGAGGAGACCAGCUGUGAGCGUAAAGAGGCUCUUCAGGAUUUCAUAGGUGAUGUGAAUCAUCUGUACGUCAAUGAGGGGCCGUUUGGACGAAUCAGAGCGAAAAACACAUUACACACCUUGGAUGCAGCUGGACUUGUGGCAAACAUGUCGUGUAAACGGCCGGAACAGCAGAUCACGCCGUAUCUGAAACAUCACCUGCCCAAACGCUUCCAUUACGCCAACAACAGACGCAUUGAAGACGUCAGCGUCCUGGUGAACCCACGCUGGCUCUUUGAGAGGUAUCCGGGGUCCCUCACAUUCUGCUCAGGAGGAAACCAUGGAUACGAUAAUGACGUCUACAGCAUGCAGGCUUCGUUUCUCAGUUUAGGGCCAAAAUUCCACUUUCAGACGGAAGUGGAGCCAUUUUCCAACAUUGAGCUCUACAACCUCAUGUGUGACGUGCUGGAAAUCACUCCGUUCCACAAUAACGGGACUCACGGGAGUAUGAACCACCUGCUGCGGACGCCGGUCUACAAUCCCAGUCACCCGACGGAGCAGAGCAGCCCUGAGCAGUGCCCCGUCACCAGCCUGGAGCCCACAAACGCACUGGGCUGCAGCUGCACUGCACUGGUACUCACUCACACACACGCACACACACAUACAUGUACACACUCACAAACACUAUUAUCGUCCAUUGGCAUUUCUUACACACCUCUCGACUGGUUCAUUCUUAUCUUUCUGGCCACUCUCAGUUUAUACAACUCAAAUCAUUUCAUUCUCAGCCCUCCCCUGUUACUACUGGUGUCCCCCAGGGUUCUGUCCUGGGGACCCUUAUUUUCAUCAUUUACCUUCUCCUACUUGGCUCCCCCAGAUAUUCCCUCCAUAAGCUCCAACUUGUCCAAAAUUCAGCUGCCUGCAUCAUCACCAAAACCCCCUCUUUUCAUCACAUCAUCCCUGUUCUACAGCAACUACAUUGGCUUCCAAUAA